AGAAACUUUAAUAAAUAUAUACUGUGCCCUGCAGUGUGAGACCCCUUGUACAGAGUGCGGUGAUCAGAAAGUGCGUGUCUCCUGGUCGUCUACUGACGAUGCUUCGUCUGUGCUGGGAACCUUCAGUGAGGAACCUUCAAUUUCAGCCUCUGAUCCAAACACCUCCAGACUCUCCUGGAAGUCUGAGGCGGACACAGGACUUGGAGAAAUGGAAGGAGGAGAGGAGGAUGAGAGAAAAGAUUCACUGCCUGAAAACAUUUUAACGUCAGCCAUUUUGAGAGCUACUCGCCGCCGCUCUCUGUCACCAUUGCGAAGACACAGCUGGGAGCCGGGGAGGAACGACUCUGCCUCAGAUAUGAACAUGGAACAGAGCAGUCCUCUUGUAAGCCUCACAGAAGAAUCCAAACCUUCUAAAACGCCUAGUCACAGGAGAAGUAUGAGCUGGUGCCCAGCUAAUCUAGCUCCUCCUGACCCAGACCCAAUUGACAGCCGAAGCUAUAGUCUGGAGGGCUUGGUGGAGGGGGAGCAGAGUCCUCUCCCAUGUGAGCAGGGGGAUCUAGAGACGCAGCAAGAACAAGUCCGUUUCUCUGAGGAGGGACAGCAGGUCCUGUCAAUGACUUCCAGCUGUCCUGGAAUGUUUCAUCACCAAACCCUCACCAAAUCUGUCUCCAUGGUAGCCAUCAGUCACCGAGACAUUGAUGGUACAAGCUCUUUCAUCAGCUCUGUGGAAUGCAGUAUUUCAGAAGAGGAGCCAGGGCCACUGAGAAGCACCACGGAGGGGAAAGGAGGGCCCCGAAUCAGCCGAACGUUCAGUUACCUCCGAAAUAAAAUGACCAAAAAGGGCAAGGAGAAAGAAAAGGACAGAAAAGGAGAGAAGGAACGAGAGCCUAAAGAAAAAGACAAGAAGUGGUCCCAGAGUCAUGUGUUUGGCCCUGUGUGCCCGCCCGUGUCCAGCUGCUGUCAGCACUGUAACAAACCUCUGCAAACCAAGGAGUGCUUCCAGUGUAGCAAUUGUGGUGUUCAGGUUCACAAGAGCUGCAAAGACAGUGUGGCUGUUUGUGUAAAGAAUAAAAAUAAGCUUCAAGUCAUGGCCCCAGAUGCUGCUCCUCUAGCUGUAACAACUAGGACAAAAUCUACAUCCUCAACUGGGUCCACCGUUUCCUCUGUAUCAUCAUCGUCACGGGAACGCUGGUCUACAGCUACUACACCUGAAGACCAGUUUCCUCUAGUUCAGCCCAAACGCACGCCUAGCAUUUUCUCUACACAUGGCAACCUGUCCAAGAGCAUCUCCACCAGCAACAUCGCAGGGUUAGAUGACGUGACACUGAAAGGGUUAAAGUUCAGGUCCCAGUCCACAGACUCGCUGAAUCAAAACAGUGCAGUCAACGCUUCCACAGAGUCCCUCACUGAUGAAGGCACUGAAAUGAUGGACAAUCAGCUGAUGGGGGAGUUUGAGAGUGACAUCAAGGAGCUGGAGGCAGAUUCAUGGAGCAGCACAGUGGACAAGAAAUUCUUAAAGACACUAAAGAAAGAUGAAAUCAAGAGACAAGAUGUCAUCUAUGAGUUGUACCAGACAGAGUUCCACCACGUGAGGACCCUCCGGAUCAUGUCUGAGGUCUACUAUAAAGGCAUCCAGAAAGAGCUGCAGCUGGACCUGCACACUCUGGAAAAGAUCUUCCCUGUGUUGGAUGAUCUGGUGGAGACCCACACAGAGUUUCUGCACCAGCUCCUGGAGCAGAGAAGAAGCUCGUCAGGGGGGGCACCCCACAGCAGCCUGCUUGUCUGUGGCAUUGGGGACACACUAGUCAAACAGUUUUCAGGCACCAGUGCUGAACGUAUGAAGAAAGUUUAUGGGACGUUCUGCAGUCGCCACAAUGAAGCUGUGAACCACUAUAAAGAUCUGCUGGCCAAAGACAAGCGCUUCCAGAAUUUCAUCAAGAAAGUGAUGAGUAGCACUAUUGUACGGAGGCUCAGUAUUCCUGAGUGUAUCCUGCUGGUCACACAAAGGAUUACAAAGUACCCAGUUCUCAUUCAGCGGAUACUGCAGCACACCAAAGAGGUUGAUUCGGAGCACGCUUGUGUGUCAGAGGCUCUGCAGCUCGUAAAGGAAAUCCUUACAGCAGUCGACAGCAAAGUGAAUGAGCUGGAGAAGAAACGCAGGUUGAAAGAGGUCUACAGUCGCACUGACAGUAAGUCUAUAAUGAGACUGAAGAGUGGUCAGAUGUUUGCCAAAGAGGACCUGCUCAGAGGACGAAGGCUGAUCCAUGAUGGAGCUUUACAGCUGAAAAACUCUGCUGGACGCCUCAAAGAGGUCCACUCUUUGCUCUUGUCAGACGUGUUGGUGUUUCUUCAAGAAAAGGACCAGAAAUAUGUGUUUGCCUCAUUGGACCAGCGCUCAACAGUCAUCUCACUUCAGAAUCUAAUUGUCCGAGAAGUGGCAAAUGAAGAGCGAGGUCUGUUCCUGAUCACGGCUGGGACUGACAAACCAGAGAUGGUGGAGGUGUUGGCGAGUAGCAAAGAGGAAAGAAACACUUGGAGGGCCAUUAUUCAAGAUGCAAUGAACUGCAUGGAGAAGGAUGAGGAUGAGGGCAUUCCUAGUGAGACUGAAGAGGACAGAAGACAACAGGAGAGCCGGAUAAAGGAGAUUCGAGAGUCACUCCAAAGUAAAGACGAGCAGAUUGUCUCAUUAUUGGCGGAGAAAGUGCGCAUUUUCAGAGAGCUGAGUGACUGCAGUGCUGCCCUGUAUGAUGCUAUUCCAGCAGUCCGGGAACGCAUGCUGUUUAGGGCCACACCUGAUGAUGUCACUAAGGGAGAACCAAUCAUACACGAGGCUUUGAAAGAAGUGGAGUCUCUUCACUCUUUAGUCAACACUGGAUUAGGAGGAGCUGCUUGCAAUGUCUCCAUUAGCCCAACAGGGGGCAGUGUGGGACCAGUCUGUCUGCCCAGGAGAGCGGAGACGUUUGGAGGGUUUGACAGCCACCAGAUGAACAUCAGCAAGAAUGGAGAGAAGGAAGAAGCGGAUGAAUCAGUGGACCUUCGAAGGACUGAGUCAGACGGUGUGCUCAAAAAGGGAGCCACAGCCAGUCUACAGUUGUUACUCAAGCGAAACAAUGAACAGGUGCAGAGCAGUGUGACUCGCCUUCACGACCUACUGCUUUCACUGCAGGCGGUGGUGGUGCAGCAGGACUCAUUCAUAGAAGACCAGCGUCAGGCCCUAAACGAGCGCCUCACAACCAACUCUUCCAGACACUCCUCUUCUUCUUCCCUGUCCUCUGCAUCUUCAUCUCGACCGUCCUCUCUCAUCGAACAAGAGAAACACAGAAGUCUGGAGAGGCAACGGCAGGAAGCAGCCAGUUUACAGAAACAGCAGGCUGCGCACCUUGAGGAGAAGCGAAGGCGAGAGAGGGAAUGGGACGUGAAAGAGCGCAUGCUGUGUGAGCGAGAGGAGCAGCUGAAGGAGGAAGAGGAGCGCAUGGAGAAGAGACAACAGGAGCUGCAGGAGGAGAGGGAGCUGCUGCAGAGGAAUAAGGAGCAGUACCAGAGGGACCUGGAGCGUCUGAAAGAUGCCCAGGUCAGACUGGAGCGAGACAAAGAGGCCCUGCACCGGGACACAGAGAGACUGGAGGCACAGUGCAGGGAGCAGGCGGAUCAGCUGCAGAGGUACAGUCGCACCUCUUCCAUUACAUCUGAAGAUUCUGUUCGUUUCCCAAGCACAACUUCUCUGGACCUGGACUGCAAAGAGGCAGAACAAACAAAAGAGGUGGAGCUCUCAACCUCUGCUCCCACUAAAGAGCCCUUCCUUCGUAUUGGAUCCAAACGAAUGGGCAAAAACUUUAACCCCUUUGCCUCAUCAUCCUCAAAAACACAGGGAGCAGAGAAGGAGCCCAGCAGACUGCUCCAGCUGACCAAACCCAAGAAAGACAAGAAGGACAAGAAGAAAAAGAAAGGAGAGGCUCCACCCACAGGGACUGGUGCAGUGUCAAAUUUCCAGAAAGAUGGCGACAAUUUCGCCCGCUAAAGGUGCUAACUGAACUGUGCUGUGGAGUUGUUUUACAUUUGGAGACACAUGUCUCUUCACUUGCUUUAAUACAAGCCAAUGGACAUCUCCCAGGCCACUUAACAUGUGGGAAAUCAUGUUGAAUGCCUUUGGAUCAGUGCCUAAGGGAGUUGUAAUGGAAGUAGGAUUGGUUUUAUCUGCUGUGAGGAAUGUUGGCAGAAAGACAUUACAAAGUGCUUUAUUGACUCCUAGAAGCUUUAACAUGUGCAUUUCUUUGAAGUGUGCUAACCCUAUGCGUUUGGUGCUUGGAGACUUCGAGGAGAGAAAAGAAGCAGUCUAACCAGACAUGUGUGAGGUGGGGUUUAUAAAGUGCCACUAACACCUCUGUGCUGUCCACACUGUGUGCUGGGGUCACCCUCUGUGGUCAGCCAAUGCUCCACAGCAUUAACUGCACCAGACUCAUAAAGACAUGUAUGUGCCUUACCUAUCAAAAAGGACCUUUUAGACAAUCACCAAAAUCAGUCAUUGAAAAGCACUUUAGAGAUAAUAUACACCACUGUGUUUUCAGUUGGGGAAAGGUAUGUUUUGAGAGUUGUACUAUGUUGAUAAUGUAGAAAAUGUUCAUAAGUUACAAAGACAAUCACAUAAUAAAAAGAGCAGGGCUUUUUAAUCAAAUCUGGAUGCUAUCUUUGAUGAAUUGUAGAUAUGAAACAAAAGGCAACCAAUGUUCUGGAAACAGUUUUCUGCAGUAUAGCUAGAAAUAAGUGGGUUGCCUAACACUGGUUAUCCUUGUCACUUGGAUUAUUCAAGAUAUCUGACCAAAUAAUGUGUCUGCCUGAAAAUUACAAAAUAACUCCUUUAGUUACAACGCAUAAGGCAAGCUUUUUAGUUUUUAUCCUGUGCUUUUGAUCAGUACAUUUUAGGGGUUUUGUUUUGCAAACUCACUCAGCAAAGACAUGCACUUUACAGCACAUAAAGAAGGAGGAUGGGGAUAGAUGGGAAUGCAACGACUCACUCAAAGCGCUGUGUAUAUAGUUCAGCCUAAAACACAUGAAAAACUGAGACAUGCGUUCUGUAGCAGCAUGCGCUUUGAUCACAUGGGGCUCAUCCAUCGGCCGUUACUCAGAAGCAGCAGAUUGAUUUUCUCCUCCUUUCUCCAGAACACAGCUGAGAGGGAGCUGCAGCACUGGGCAUGAGAAUAAUAUUUCAGCCCAGGGUCAUUUCCAGCCUUUCUGCUGAGAGGAGCACAUUUGUUUCACCGAGAAACACACACUAUUUGACUAGCCAUUCUGGUUAAAGGCAGUGAAAGGCCUCACACGAGCACAAAUAUUACUGCCAGUAAAACAACUAUUUGAAUUGAAUUAACUUGGAAUUGCUAUUUUCCAAACACAAUCACUGUAGAGCUAUACAAGUAUAAAGCAUGAAUGAAUCAAUCUGAAAUGGAAAAAGUUGAUUGUCAUUUGAGCACCACCAGGUUUCAACUGUAAAUGAUAAAACUGACUCUAACUAGUUUCAUACAUCCCUUUCAAGAAAUAACUGCUUUCUUUAAAAAGUUUGUGAAAAAAUUGGCUUUAAAGGUGCACUGCAUAACAUUUCAACUUGGGGGUCCACUACCAUGGAGAUGCUUUUCAUGUAAUGUUCCACAAUAUGGUAUUAAACUUAUAUGAGAUGAAUUUAUAAAAUAAUGGGUAAUUUUAUUUCACAAAAUACAAGCAUUGUUACUGUGAGUUUGGUCACGUCUUCACAGAUCUCAUUUGUUAAUUGGCCUCGUAGCGGCUCCUGCUUCUUUCAGUGGAGACUAAAGUUUAGUGUCAUACUUUGGAAUAUUAAAAAAGUUACACAAUGCAUUUUUAAGAAGCAAUCAAGGGUUAAUUUGGGGCCUGAUUGGCUAAUUAUUAAUUUGCAAAAUAUUACCUUACUGCACAAUUCACACAAUCAACGACACAGCAGGAGAUUCCAGUUGUUUCAAAAAGUUCAAAAACAAAUGUAAUAUAAAAACAUCAAUAUUAUUAAUUAUUUUGCAACAUUUGUUUUCCCUGUAAAAAGUUCACUUUUAUUCAAUACAAUUUUUAAAAUCUGAUUUUAAAAAAAGAUGGCCUUUAAAGCCUUAGCUCUGUGUUGAGGAGUCAGCUUUUCAAAACAUUAGGACGUGGGUUUUAGUACGAGGUUGUACAAGAUUGAUAGUACAUUUCACGAGUGUGCCAUAAAAGGCUUCCUCUCAUUCCUGCAGCUCUCAUGUUGUGCUAAUUAACUGUUGGCGAUGCAUUUGAAAAAGCUUUCCACUAAUCUUACAACUGAUGCACUGUGUAUUAAGGCUUUUUGAACACGUUUUUGUACUAAAACAGAAGGUACAAACCUGAUUUUUCUUAUGUAUAAAAUUUAAAAAGGGCAAAGCAACAAAAAGGUGUAAAUAGAUUUUCUGUACAAAUAUGAACUUCCAAAGUAUUGACAGUUUUUUGUUGGAUGAUUGUUUUAAUAAGUAAGAAAGUUUUAUUUAUCUGUUCCUAGAUUCAAAUGUACAGUAUUGGGCUCCCCUCCAUUAAACUAUGCAGUUUGACACAA